CCCGCUGUCAACUCUCCCAUGGCACAGCUGUCUCCGUCCAUUGCGCAGUGCGCCGUCGUGGCCACAGCGCUCAAGGUGCUGCUUUUCCCUGCUUAUAAGUCGACCGACUUCGAGGUUCAUCGUAACUGGCUUGCUCUAACGCAUUCCCUACCCAUCAAGGAGUGGUAUUACGAAAAAACGUCUGAAUGGACCUUGGACUAUCCGCCGUUCUUCGCCUACUUUGAAUGGCUAAUGUCUCAAGCUGCACCCUAUGUUGAUCCCGGUCUGCUCAAUGUAAAAGAUCUUGGUUACAACAGCUGGCAGACCGUAUACUUCCAGCGUACUACAGUCAUUGUUACCGAGCUCGUCUUAGUCUACGCGUUGCACCUCUAUGUGAAGACGUCGAAGUCCAAAGUCACUGCUCAUGCUGCUGCACUCUCUGUCCUACUGUCACCAGGACUGCUGAUAAUCGACCAUGUCCAUUUCCAGUAUAAUGGUUUCCUCUACGGCCUCUUGGUCCUCUCUAUGGUCUUGGCUCGCAACAACUCGACCCUCCUAUUGUCUGGUCUGCUCUUUGCAGCGCUUUUGUGUCUCAAGCACAUCUACCUGUACCUCGCGCCUGCGUACUUUGUCUAUCUUCUGCGCGCUUACUGCUUGGGGCAGCGGUCGUCGUUCCCCCUUUUCACUAUACGAUUCUUCAAUUGCAUCAAAUUGGGCGUGGGUAUCGUCUCUGUCUUCGCUGCCGCUUUUGGCCCCUUCGCGAUGUGGGGACAGAUAGGGCAAGUGUUUAGUCGCCUGUUCCCAUUCUCGCGAGGUCUGUGUCAUGCCUACUGGGCGCCGAACGUCUGGGCGAUAUACUCGUUCUCUGACCGAGUCCUAAUUCACCUGGCCCCGCGCCUUGGGCUGCACUUUGACCAAGAGGCAGUCAAUAGCGUCACUCGAGGGCUUGUGGGAGACACGUCUUUCGCAGUACUUCCGGACAUAGACCCAUUGAUAUGCUUCCUUCUUACUCUUGGAACACAAAUACCCGUCCUCCUGCGCCUCUUGUACAAACCUACUUGGGAGGCCUUCAUUGGUGCUGUAACGCUUUGUGGCUACGCGUCUUUCUUGUUCGGCUGGCAUGUCCACGAGAAGGCAAUCUUGCUCGUGAUAAUCCCAUUUAGCUUGAUAGCGCUCCAGGAUCGUCGAUAUUUCGGCGCUUUCCGACCCUUGGCUGUCGCUGGUCAUGUAUCCCUCUUUCCUCUCCUCUACACGGCAGCCGAGUUCCCUGUGAAGACAGUCUAUACUAUCUUCUGGCUCGUACUCUUCCUUAUCGCCUUCGAUAGGCUAGCUCCUGCUUCACCCAAGCCUAGGAUCUUUUUACUUGAUCGCUUCUCCCUGCUUUACAUCGCCCUUUCGAUACCUUUGAUUGCAUAUUGCUCACUGGUUCACGGCCUGGUGUUUGGUUCUCGGUAUGAAUUCCUGCCGCUCAUGUUCACAAGUUCGUAUUCAGCCGUCGGAGUGGUGGGCAGCUGGGUCGGCUUUUUGGUAGUUUACUUUGAUUUGUAGAUGCAUAAGUAUCCAAUAAGUCUAGAAGAUAGCUCUUGCUAGUUCCAUGACUUGGGAAGUAAGCUCCUCUGGAUGUGGCAAAUUUGUCGUCUGAAUAUCUUCUUGAUCAGCACUUGUCGAAAGUGCAAUCGCAUGCGGCCCAGUGGUGGCCUUCAAAAGGAACGAGCUCUGUCUGUUGGGUCACUUUGGAGAGUCUCGCGGAUGCUUGGGAUACUCUAAGGGUAUGGCACGCUUGCUACCAGUGCUGCAAAUGGGAACCAUGAUAACGGCAGUGCGAGCAUGGUAGUGAACAAGCACUCCUGGGUAAACUUGAUACUGUGAAGAUAUCCAGGAUGAUGUUUGAUACAACAUACAAUAUUAUGCCUUCUAACGUGCGGCUAAAUGUUGGGGUAGGGUUGUUCAAG